AUGACAUGUGUCAUAUUCCCGCUGACGCACGUGAAAGUGAGUCAGCAAAUAUUGUUGCUUCACUAUUUUCAUAAUUUCAGCUGUGGAAAUCACUGCUUCGGCCGGUGCUAAUUGUGCUUUUUCUGUCGCCGUUCGGAGUCAUUUGGAAUAUUGUCAUCUCGCGGGUUUAUAUAAACCCCAAUGGCGGAGGAUUUUCAGUUAAUUACAAAGAUACAGUAUCCUGGGUAGGAGUGCUCAACAAUAUUUCAUUUUAAAGUUCUCGAAAACUUCCAGGCGAAUGUCUCACUGCUCCACUUGGCGUACUCUGUAAUUAGCUUCGUUCUCGUUGUCACUUCCUUCUUCGCCACUAUUUUCGGUCUUUUUAUGCUGGAGAAAAGAGUGAAGGGAACCGAAAGGGCGCUGACGUUGGCCACUAUGCUCAUGGCUGUGCAGAUGAUGAUUUUCGCAUUGAUACAGGUGUGCUAAAUACAGUAUCCCAGAAAGCUUUAAUUUCCAGAUCUACUUCGCCUUCUUCGCCGUCUCCAACCCGAGCAUCCGUCAAAUUCUUCUUCUCGCCGUCGUCGUGGUCUAUGAUUCAAUGAACGUAUUCUCUCCGAUCGCCCUGCUCCUGAUGAGCCGUCAACUUCGGAAAGACGUAUUUGGUCUACAGGACAAUUCUACCGUAGUCCCAUCGCGAACUGUUUCUACAGUAUCCCAAGGCCCUUUCCGCAGUGUCUCCACCACUAUGGUCGCCGUUUUGCAUUGA